GCUCCCUCCGGCCAUGGGGGCGUCCGCGCGGCUGCUGCGCGCGGUGAUCAUGGGGGCGCCGGGCUCGGGCAAGGGCACCGUGUCGUCGCGCAUCACCAAACACUUCGCGCUGAAGCACCUCUCCAGCGGGGACCUGCUCCGAGACAACAUGCUUCGGGGCACAGAAAUUGGUGUGUUAGCCAAGACUUUCAUUGACCAAGGGAAGCUCAUCCCAGAUGAUGUCAUGACUCGGCUGGCCCUUCAUGAGCUGAGAAACCUCACCCAGUAUAGCUGGCUAUUGGAUGGUAAGUGGUGUUAGAGCAUUUCAGCUGUCCAGAAUGAU